AUGCGAUACUUUCAUGCCUGCAUUGAUACCUCUGUAUUUCAGCCAUGGUACUCAUCCUCCCCACUGGUGGAAAAUAAUAUUCGCUAUUCUUUCACCACUUAUGUUCGUGUGAGGGAUUUUCCGGUUGAACCUCUUAGUCAGACCAGUGGUCUGAUGUCUGAAAAUAGUUCAGAUUCUCUCAAGUUUGACGUAAAGAAUUUUUCUUUCCUGCCUAAGAUGAUUUUUGAGAAACAUGACGAGUAUUUGUAUCUGAGGCUGGUUGAAGACAUCAUCUCUGAUGGCAUCUUAAAGGAUGACAGGACAGGGACUGGUACUUUGUCAAAAUUUGGUUGCCAGAUGCGGUUCAAUUUGCGCAAGUCUUUUCCUCUUCUGACAACUAAGAAAGUAUUUUGGCGAGGCGUUGUUGAAGAGCUUCUGUGGUUCAUCAGUGGCUCAACUAAUGCUAAGGCCCUGCAGGAAAAGGGGAUUCAUAUAUGGGAUGGCAAUGCAUCCAGAGACUACCUUGACAGUAUUGGUUUGUUGGAUUGGGAAGAAGGUGACUUAGGACCCGUCUAUGGGUUUCAAUGGAGACAUUUUGGUGCUAGCUAUACUGACAUGCAUGCCGACUACACUGGCCAAGGAUUUGAUCAGUUGUUGGAUGUCAUUGGCAAGAUUAAAAAUAAUCCAGAUGACCGGCGGAUUAUUCUGUCAGCUUGGAAUCCUUCUGAUAUCAAACUGAUGGCACUUCCACCUUGUCACAUGUUUGCACAGUUCUAUGUAGCCCAGGGGGAGUUAUAUUGUCAAAUGUAUCAGCGUUCUGCCGAUAUGGGUCUGGGUGUGCCAUUCAACAUUGCAUCUUAUGCACUCUUGACAUGUAUGAUUGCUCAUGUUUGUGAUCUUGUUCCAGGUGAAUUUGUCCAUGUUAUUGGGGAUGCUCAUGUCUAUCGCACUCAUGUCAGACCUCUGCAGGACCAACUCCAGAAACUACCUAAACCUUUUCCAAUUUUGAAGAUCAACCCUCAGAAAAAGGACAUUGAUUCCUUUGUAGCAACUGAUUUUAAGCUCAUUGGUUAUGAUCCUCACCAGAAAAUAGAAAUGAAAAUGGCCGUGUAG